ACUGCAGCAACUUCAAAUAGAGCCAUGAAAAGAUAGAGAAGUCAUUUUAAUGACUAAGUAGCUCACAUUUAAUUUAUUUUACAGUUCAACAAUGGCCAUCACUGACAUCCUUUCUGCUAAAGAUAUUGAAUCUGCUCUCUCCAGCUGCCAGGCUGCGGAUUCCUUCAAUUACAAGUCUUUCUUCUCCACGGUUGGCUUAUCCAGCAAAACUCCUGAUCAGAUAAAGAAAGUUUUUGGAAUCCUUGAUCAGGACAAGAGCGGCUUCAUUGAAGAAGAAGAGCUUCAGCUGUUUCUGAAAAACUUCUCUUCGAGUGCCAGAGUCCUCACCACUGCGGAGACCAAGGCUUUCCUGGCUGCGGGUGACACUGAUGGUGAUGGCAAAAUUGGAGUAGAAGGUAAGGCUGCUGGAAACUUCAUCAAAGUCAGCUUUGAAAUGCAGACAUCUGGUUACACCUAAAUGGCCCGAUGUAGGGCACACCCCGUCAUUUAGCCCAGUUCUUCCUGUCACGUUUUUCAUACUGAAAAAUACUCCUUUUUUUCAUAGCCUUAUUUCUA